GUACACGGACUUUGUGUUGCGCUGAGCGACGAAAACUGCUCUUCUGAUCUACAUCUCUGCACACGUACGCAGCGCCGCUUCUUUUAAGGUGGGGUGACACCGCGUUAAGGUUGUCCUGCUGUCCGUCAACGAGGACAGCGAAAGCAAGUUUCCUUUGUUUUGUGUGUGUUUAGAUCGGACUGUUGGCUUAACUCGUAAAGGGAAAUCAUCCAUUCAUGACGCCACUUGAUGGCGGGGGUCGUGGUGCCUGCCGCGGUCGCCGUAGCGCGCUAUUGGCGGGCUUUGUUGUAACCAUGGUUUUGUGUGCAUUUCCUACCGUGGCGGUGGAGGACCCUUCCCCGAACAGCAUCAUCUGCACCUGCCGCUGCUGCUACCAGGGCGGCUGCAGUGCCAUCACAAACGUGUCCUGGUCCGUUGAAAGAUGCAGCGGGUGCACAACGAAGGACUGCAACGACUACAUCUCAAGUCAGGCGGUGCGGGCGGAGACGGCGCGUCUCUUCGAAGGCAUUCAAGGCGAAAAGCCACUGACGAGUGGGGCGGUGGUGGUCGAGGAGUGUGCGGUCAUCGCAGUGCUGGAGGCCGCAACGUGCACGACGAAGAGCUGCAAGCGCACCUCCACCAUCAAGGCGGAAUGCUACGACCGCAACGCGCCGCUCACCAAAUACUCUGUCAUCUUCUUUGUCCUGUUCACGAUCUUCGCGGUGGUCUUCGGCAUCAUCAAGAAUUACAUUCCCGCUUUCCAGUCUCUCAAUGAGAAGUACUUCAACUACUAA